AUGUUUAUUUCUGCUUUUCGAAGGAUCACUGAACUUGAGCUAAUACCCGAAGACUUGUUCUACGUCACUGUUAAUGGAAAGAUUGUUGACUGGAAGAGUUUGGAUAAUGACGCUCAUUUUCAAGUGCAUUUCAGACUUCGCGGAGGUAAAGGAGGUUUUGGUUCGCUGCUUCGCUCAUUUCGUAUUCACCGUUCAACGAAUCAGUUGAUGUGCCGCGACUUGUCUGGACGACGGCUUGCUGACAUUAAAGAAGAAGAGAAACUUCGCAAAUGGAUUGAAAAAGCAGACGAGAGGGAAGAAGAGAAACGUCGGCAAAGACAAGAGAAAUAUGAGAAAUUAAAAGCAGGUCCUAAAAAACAUGAUUUCAAUGAUCCUGACUUUAUCCAGACACGAGAAAAAAUCAUGGAAGAAACAGAUGAAGCGUUUGAACAGGGCAUCGCUAUUGCUAAAAGUAGGAGGACUGAUGAGGAAUGCUUACUGAAGUCGAAACAGAAGAUGAAAGUGGAUCAAGGAGAUGAUUUAGGAGAAGGAAAUGUGCCGUCGAAACGCAGAAGAAUGACAACGAAUGAAGUGUCUGAAUAUGUGAUAUCUACUUUAGAUGAUGAAAACAAAAAUAAAGUCGAUGUUACUGAUGGAAGAAAAAUAUAUGUUGAAAAUGAGGAAGAAAGAGCAUCUCCAAGGAUAGCAGAUAUGUUAAUUGCCGAAAAGUCAAAUGCCACCGUGGAGAAGGCAUGUAAUGAAACAAUGAAUUUCGAUAUCAAACUGGAUGACUAUGACGAUGCAAAAAAACUGGAGUCUUUGGGGCUAGACUUUUUAAAGCAUGCUCUUAAAGUGCGUGGUUUGAAAUGUGGUGGUUCAUUACAUGAGCGAGCAGUUCGUCUUUAUUCGGUCAAAAACUUAAAACCAGAGCAGUACCCAAAAAAUAUCCUUGCACGUGGCAAGAAGGAAUAG